GGGCAGGUGUGCAGCUCGCUACAAAGUUACCUGGGGAAGCACCAUUCAGAGAGCCACAGGCCAGGCAGCCAGGGAGGCAGGAGCAGCUGGCGCUCAGCCGCAGAUGCUGGUGCUGGCCUGGCCCCUCGUGGGCUCCAGCCCACGUUAGCUUCUCCAGCUGCAGCCAGGGCAAGAGAGAGAGAGAGAGAGGCUGUGCUCAGUCUGCUGGUGGCUGUCUGAGAAGCGGCCACAGGCUGCUGCUGAGCUGAGCUGGUAGCUUUUACAAGGGGCUGAAUGCUCAGCUAGAAAACCCUCAGCCUCAGAGAGAGAGGGGAGAAAGUGGUCUCUUCUUGAAUGAUCCAGGGCUGGGCAUCAUCUCCUUUUUGAUUUUAAGUAGUUCUCUCCAUGGGCACUGACUUUGAGGUGGUCAUCAAGAAGGGAAACAAGCCCUCCCCACACUGGAAACGAGGAAGGAUGGCAGUUUCUGAGAGCUCCUGGUAACAGCUUGGAGGUGCCCCUACUCCGCUCAAAAUGCCUUUUAAAGCACUUGAUACCUUCAGAGAGAAAAUUCUGAAACCCGGGAAGGAAGGCGUGAAGAAUGCCGUGGGGGAUUCGCUGGGGAUUUUACAAAGAAAAAUCGAUGGGACCAACGAGGAAGAAGAUAGCAUAGAGCUGACCGAGGAAGGGAGGCCCGUGCUGACGUCCAGGCCCGACCCCCCGCUCUGCGACUGCCCCUGCUGCGGGGUCCCCAAGCGCUACAUCAUCGCCAUCAUGAGCGGGCUGGGCUUCUGCAUUUCCUUCGGGAUUCGGUGCAAUCUUGGUGUCGCCAUCGUGGAAAUGGUCAACAACAGCACGGUGUAUGUAGAUGGGAAACCAGAAAUUCAGACAGCGCAGUUUAACUGGGAUCCGGAGACAGUGGGCCUUAUCCAUGGAUCUUUUUUCUGGGGUUAUAUUGUGACACAAAUCCCAGGUGGCUUCAUUUCAAACAAGUUUGCUGCCAACAGGGUCUUUGGAGCUGCCAUCUUCUUAACAUCCACUUUGAACAUGCUGAUUCCUUCUGCGGCCAGGGUGCAUUACGGCUGUGUCAUGGGCGUGAGGAUUCUGCAAGGUCUCGUGGAGGGUGUGACCUACCCAGCCUGCCAUGGGAUGUGGAGUAAGUGGGCGCCACCCUUAGAGAGGAGCCGCCUGGUCACCACCUCGUUUUGUGGGUCCUACGCGGGGGCUGUGGUCGCCAUGCCCCUGGCGGGGGUGCUGGUGCAGUACAUCGGAUGGGCUUCGGUCUUCUACAUUUAUGGCAUGUUUGGGAUUAUUUGGUACAUGUUUUGGCUGUUGCAAGCCUAUGAGUGCCCAGCUGCUCACCCAACAAUAUCUAAUGAGGAGAAGACUUAUAUCGAGACCAGUAUAGGAGAAGGAGCCAGCGUGGCUAGUCUAAGUAAAUUUAAUACCCCAUGGAAAAGAUUUUUCACAUCAUUGCCGGUUUACGCAAUCAUCGUGGCAAAUUUUUGCAGAAGCUGGACCUUUUAUUUGCUCUUAAUAAGUCAGCCUGCUUAUUUUGAAGAGGUCUUUGGAUUUGCAAUCAGUAAGGUGGGUCUCCUGUCGGCAGUGCCACACAUGGUGAUGACGAUUGUGGUGCCCAUUGGAGGACAGCUGGCCGACUAUUUAAGGAGCAGAAAAAUUUUGACCACGACCGCUGUCAGGAAGAUCAUGAACUGUGGAGGUUUUGGCAUGGAAGCAACCUUGCUCCUAGUGGUCGGCUUUUCCCACACCAAAGGGGUGGCCAUCUCCUUUCUGGUGCUUGCUGUGGGGUUUAGCGGCUUUGCUAUUUCAGGUUUCAACGUCAACCACCUGGACAUUGCCCCUCGUUACGCCAGCAUUCUCAUGGGCAUCUCCAAUGGAGUGGGAACCCUCUCUGGAAUGGUCUGUCCUCUCAUUGUGGGCGCCAUGACAAGGCACAAGACCCGCGAGGAGUGGCAGAACGUGUUCCUCAUCGCCGCCCUGGUGCACUACGGCGGGGUCAUCUUCUACGGCGCCUUCGCCUCCGGGGAGAAGCAGGCGUGGGCGGACCCCGAGGGCCUCCCGGGGCAGGAGGAGCGCUGCGCCUUCGUGGCGCAGGACGAGCUGGCGGAGGAGACGGAGCUCGGCCGCGAGGCGGCGGGGGCUCCCCGCAAGAGGGCGUCGUACGGGGCCACCAGCCGGAGCCCCGCGGCCCCCAGGACGGAGCGGGACGGGCCGGACGCGGCCCCGCAGGAGGAAGGGCCCGCGGGCCCCCCGGACGGCGAGGGCGGCCGCGCCCCCGCGCCCUAGGCUGGGGUGCAGCCGGGAGCGCCCCUCCCCCGCGCCCCUCCCCCGGCCCGGCUCGGGGUGCAGCCGGGAGCGCCCCGCCCCUUCCCCGGCCCGGCUCGGGGUGCAGCCGGGAGCGCCCCGCCCCUCCCCCGGCCCUGCUCGGGGUGCAGCCGGGAGCGCCCCUCUCCUCCCCCAGCCCGGCUCGGGGUGCAGCCGGGAGCGCCCUGCCCCUCCCCCGGCCCGGCUCGGGGUGCAGCCGGGAGCGCCCCUCCCCCGCGCCCUUCCCCCAGCCCGCUGUUGGGGGGGAGCGCGCGGACCCCGGAGGGAGCAGCCCCCCAGCCGGGCCGGGAGCGCGUGCCUGCCCUCGCUGAAAACACCGCACGUGAUCGCGUCUCCUGGCUCGGCCGUCGGCUUUCUCCAAAGAUCUGAGCUGAUUCAGAAAAUGAGUGGAGAGUGAAAAGGACGACGCCGUGUGGUUAGGGGGUGCUGCGGGAAUGGGGUGCCGUCGGGCCACCCAGAGGGAGGACGGAGGCCCCCUCGGAGCCCUGGGGGUGCAGCAGCUUCGUGCACAUCUGCAUCCCACCCCACCCCGGAGCACACGUUGAUCAUCCUCGUCUCCCAGCGGACGGAAGGGUGACCUGGCCGAGGUCGUCUGCCCCGGGAGUCCGGCAGCGUAGGAAGGCAGUUCCAGCCGAGGGCCACAGGAAACUGAAGACUCAUGCGCUCGUGCACUCUGCAGGCGGUUUUCUGUUGGGCAGGGGUAUGCAGGCCGAUUGGCUGAGGGACAUUAAACAUUUAUUAGGCGAGGUCCUGGGUUCGAAGACCCUUAGCAUUUUAUAUUAUUGGAAGACUGUGAUUUCACAGUCAUGUGUUUUUGUUUUAAUAAUAAGGAUCACAGACCGCAUGAGAGAUUCAAAUGGGUUUAAAAGAAAAAAAAAAAAAAAAAAAGAAGCUAAGCAAGACAGCCAAAUUCCUAGGACUCCCUUGACCAGAAUGGUUGAAAAGAAGUAAACAAAGGAUUGGCUAUUAAAUUUCAAUUCUUUAUAAUGUCAAGAUUGUGACUAAAUUACAUCUCAAGUGACUUACAAAUCUUUGAGACAUUUAAUACUUUCAGAAGUAAAAUUCUAUUAAAGACUCAUGUCUAAAUAUAUAUAUAUAUAUAGCCGUUUCUGUAAAAGUUAGGAAGUUUGAAUAAAUAGUGUAAAAUUCUGGUUGAAGUUUUAAAGUGACUCCAUUUGGAAUGAUAUUCAGGGAAAGAACAAUACCAUAGAAGUAGCCAUGCAGAAAAUUCUAGAAUAAAACAUCUGAGAUAACUGGACCUGCAGUUGGUGUUGAAAAAUUCACUUUGGGUCAAACUAGGCAGUGACGUGGGUACUCUCUAGAUAUAUUUAAAAAGAUAACGUUGGCAUGUAAAAGGUUACUUGAAGGUAAAAUUAUUUUCUUGUUCAAUUAUUUUGAAGAUUUUAUUUCUAUUUUCAGAAGAAAAACAAUAUGAUGGAAAAUUAUAGAUAUACUUGUAGUUUAUAAUAGUAAAGUGUUUUUUCCUAUUUUUCCAUGUAUAUAUUUCUAGUCCUUAGUUAUACCUGUGUAGUUGUAAUGUAUUUUAUAAAAAGAAUGAUCUUGCAUUAAAACACAAUUGUCUGACUUUCCAUUAAAUUAUAUUCUUUAUAGUAUUGUUUACCGUUUAUGUUGUCAGACAUCUUUAAAUCUCUUUAAUAAGUGAAUUACAAGUCUUUCAGGACCGGUCCCGGCAUGUAGAAGUGCGCAAUAAAUAUCCAUCAUCUUCGCCAUCAUCACUCAGCCUUUUUGGGGAAAUUUUCAGUUGUAAACAAAGCAUGCUGUGUUACCUGCACUCAAUGAACCAGAAUUUACUGUAAAAAUACGCUGCUUUUGAAUUUUACAAAUGUCAGAAAUUUACAGUAGCCAGUUUGUGUUUUAAUAAAGCAAAACAACAAUAUAUAAUAAACCCUCAUGAGAAUCCUUAAGAUAAUCUUUUAGAUUGUAAAACAAAAUUGUAUUUAUCUCAUCACUUGAGAUUGGUGUCAUAUGCGAGCAUUUCACAUUUGACCCAUAACUUCCCUGACAGUAUUUUUUUUUAAAGACAGAGCUCUGGUCAUGAUGUUAAUUGCUAGAAAGCACAUUAUGUUGUUGUGAUGUGUUUUUCUCUGUUUGCACUGAAUACCAGACAAGUGUGAUUUGCAAGUCUUUGCAGCGGGUUUUGCUCAUGCUGUCGAAUGCAGGCGGAGCAGGACCUGCAGCAGGAAGGGAAGGGGUCUGAGGGGCUGGAUUCUUGAAAUAAAAAAGUUCCGAUUGUCCUUUCCAA